GUGUCUGCAGAUGGAUAUUAUUGAGAUAAUGAAAAGGAGCUGCUUUGUCUGGAAAWUUUAAGACAAAGCAACAUCUUAGAGGCCAUUUACAACACAAACGUCAUCUAAUAUCUGGGUCUGCACUUUUUUUAUUUCUUCCUGUCAAGUAUGGUGCUGAUUAAAGUAGAAUAAAAGAGGAAGAGGAGGAACCCUGGACCAGUCUGGAGGGAGACAAAGUUGUGAAAGAGGAAAUUGAUGUCACCAGCUUUACAGUCACUGCAGUUCCUUUGAAAAGUGAAGAUGAUGAAGAGAAGCCUCUGUUCUCAGAGCUACAUCAGCACCAGGUGGAGGACAGAGAUCUUCCAACCUGCAGCUCAGCUGGUCAGAUGGAAACAGCAACUGAUGAAGAGGAUUGUGGAGGACCUGAAACUACCAGUAACCCAGAUGGAAAUACUUACAAAAACAGUUCCAGCUCUUCAGAGACUGAACUCAGUGAGGAUUAUAACGACGACGAGGAUGUGAACAAUCCUGAMUYUCAGCUGAAGAAUUUGUCAGUUUCUGGGCAAAAAACUAAAGAAAGGAACAAAGAAUGGAAGAAGAGAAGAGCUCCUGAGUCAGGAGUGAACGCUGUCAAAAAAUCUGAGAAUGGUAAGCAGUAUAUCAGCAACAUGUCUCUUAAGAGUCACAUGUCCAGUGAUUUAGGAGACCAGACAGAAACAAAAUUAUUCAAGUGUAAUGAUUGUGGUAAGAAAUUUACAAGAAAAUGUGUUUUAAAAGCUCACAUGAGAGUCCACACAGGAGACAAUCCAUUUCCUUGUGAUCUUUGUGGACAAAGGUUUAGCCAAAAGUCAUAUUUAAACAGACACUUGAGAGUCCACGCAGGAGAAAAACCAUUUUCUUGUGAUGUUUGUGGACAAAGUUUUAGCCAAAAGUCAAAUUUAAACGCACACAUGAAAGUCCACACAGGAGAGAAACCAUUUCCUUGUGAUCUUUGUGGAAAAGGUUUUAGCCAAAAGUCAAGUUUAAACAAACACAGGAGGUUCCACACAGGAGACAAACCAUUUCCUUGUGGUCGUUGUGAACAAAGAUUUAGCCAAAAGUCAGGUUUGAACUCACACAGGAGAGUCCACACAGGAGAAAAACCCUUUCCUUGUGAUCUUUGUGGAAAAGGAUUUAGCCAAAAGUCACAUUUAAACACACACAGGAGAGUCCACACAGGAGACAAACCAUUUCCUUGUGAUAUUUGUGGACAAAGAUUUAGGCUUAAGUAUAAUUUAAACUUACACAUGAGAGUUCACACAGGAGACAAACCAUUUCCUUGUGAUGUUUGUGGACAAAGAUUUAAUCAAAAGUCAAAUUUAAACUCACACAUCAGAGUCCACACAGGAGACAAACCAUUUCCUUGUGAUGUUUGUGGACAAAGAUUUAGUCAACAGUCAAAUUUAAACUCACACAUGAGAGUCCACACAGGAGACAAACCAUUUCCUUGUGAUCUUUGUGGACAAAGAUUUAGUGAAAAGUCUAAUUUAAACUCACACAUGAGAGUCCACACUGGAGACAAACCAUUUCCUUGUGAUGUUUGUGGUCAAAGAUUUAGCCAAAAGUCAUCUUUAAACAGACACAUGAGAGUCCACACAGGAGACAAACCAUUUCCUUGUGAUGUUUCUGAAUGAAGAUUUAGCUGUAACACAAUUUUAGAUACUCACAUGAGAAUCUACACCACAGAGAAAACGGUUCCUCUUUUAAUAUUAAAACGGCUCUAAUGGUGCAUUCACACC